CCUCUUUUCGUUGCGCCUUUCGCCAGAGUGCUGUUGUGCGGAGCCCCGAUUUAGCAAAAAUUGUGUGCGGAACUAUUUUCCAGGUAUAACCCAACCCUCCUCCAAUAACCGCACAAUGGCACCGGACAAGAAGCAGAAAGGUCGCAACAAGAAAAGCAUCCCGGUGCAGAACGUGAAGCGGGAUGACAAGAAGAUCGCCAACGGUGGCACAAACGGUGCCGCCGCUUCGACGGCCGAAAUGACCGAAGAAGAGGCACUGUGUGCGAAGCUGGACGAGGAGGCACGGAUCAAUGCGGAAGCGCGUGCCUGCACCGGUACGCUGGCCGUGCAUCCGCGCUCUCGUGACAUCAAGUUUAGCAACUUUUCAAUCACGUUCUUCGGCUGUGAGAUGCUGCAGGAUACGAUGCUCGAGCUGAACUGCGGCCGGCGGUACGGGUUGCUUGGGGCGAACGGAUGUGGCAAGUCGUCGCUACUGUCCGUGCUCGGUAACCGUGAGGUGGCGAUUCCGGAUCACAUCGACAUAUUCCACCUGACCCGUGAAAUACCGGCCAGCACGAAAAGUGCCCUUCAGUGUGUCAUGGAGGUCGACGAGGAGCGCAUCAAACUGGAAAAGAUGGCCGACGAGCUGGUCGACCAAGAGGACGAUGAGGCGCAGGAACAACUGAUGGACAUCUACGAUCGAUUGGACGAGAUGUCGGCCGAUCAAGCGGAAGCGAAAGCGUCCCGAAUUCUGCACGGUCUCGGUUUCUCGAAGGAAAUGCAGGCAAAGGCGGCCAAGGAAUUCUCUGGUGGCUGGCGGAUGCGAAUUGCGCUCGCCCGUGCUCUGUACGUGAAGCCGCACCUGCUGCUGCUGGAUGAACCGACCAACCAUCUCGAUCUGGACGCGUGCGUGUGGUUGGAGGAGGAACUGAAGACGUACAAGCGCAUCCUGGUGAUCAUCUCGCACUCGCAGGACUUCCUCAACGGCGUCUGCACCAACAUCAUCCACAUGACGCAACGGCGGCUCAAGUACUACACCGGUAACUACGAGCAGUUUGUCAAGACGCGCCUCGAGCUGCUGGAGAACCAGAUGAAGCAAUACAACUGGGAGCAGGAUCAGAUCGCACACAUGAAGAACUACAUCGCGCGGUUCGGACACGGUUCGGCCAAGCUCGCCCGGCAGGCCCAGUCCAAAGAGAAGACGCUCGCCAAGAUGGUGGCCCAGGGGCUGACGGAGAAGGCGAUCGAUGAGAAGCAGCUAAACUUUUGUUUCCCCUCGUGCGGAACCAUUCCGCCGCCGGUGAUCAUGGUGCAGAACGUCAGCUUCCGGUACAAUGACUCCACGCCGCACAUCUACAAGAACCUCGAGUUCGGAAUCGAUCUGGAUACCCGGUUGGCACUGGUGGGGCCGAACGGUGCCGGCAAGAGUACGCUGCUGAAGCUACUGUACGGUGAUCUAGUGCCGACGUCCGGAAUGAUUCGCAAGAACUCCCACUUGCGUAUCGCCCGGUACCAUCAACAUCUUCACGAGCUGCUCGACAUGGACGCCAGCCCGUUGGACUACAUGCUCAGGUCGUUCCCUGAGGUGGUGGAGCGAGAGGAAAUGCGCAAAAUCAUCGGUCGUUAUGGGCUGACCGGCCGGCAGCAAGUGUGCCCGAUCCGGCAGCUAUCCGAUGGGCAGCGGUGCCGUGUCGUGUUCGCGUAUCUCGCCUGGAAGAAACCGCACCUGCUGCUGCUGGACGAACCGACCAACCAUCUGGACAUGGAGACGAUCGAUGCCUUAGCCGAAGCGAUCAACGAUUUCGAGGGUGGCCUGGUGCUCGUCAGCCACGACUUCCGGCUGAUCAACCAAGUUGCGGAGGAGAUCUGGGUGUGUGAGAAGGGUACGGUCACCAAGUGGAACGGCGGUAUCCUCGACUACAAGGAGCACCUCAAGAAGAAGAUCGACAAGGAGGCUCGCAUCAAUAAUAGCACGCCGGUGGCCGGAAAAUGAAGCAGAGAAUCUGGUAAGCGAUCGUCGACCGACCGAGUGAUCUUCGAUCCGUUCCGCUGACCCGCGAGCCGGCCGCCAGGCGGGGAUUGCGGGGGAAGCCUUCUGAAACCGAAUGAUAAUUGAUUUCAUCGCCCAAUUAAUCGCAAAACCCCAACACGAGGUAGACUGCUCCCAGUCGUCCCUUCAUCACCACUCCGUUCAUCGAAAUUUGCAGGAGGAUCAUCAAAUGGUUGUUGUUCAGGAUGAUCGAUCGUCGUCGCCUUUAAGCUCGUUCUAUGUCACUCACGUGUUUGGGAUCCGGGGCAAAACCGCCAAUACCAUUACCCCUAUGCGUAGCCACCGGCGUUGCUUAUAUGGAGCGGUCCAGCAGGCGUUUGUUGAGCUUGAUCAAUUGUUGAACAGAAAAGAAAAUAGGAUUUACAACUUAAACAGCACUAGACCACAGGAUAACCCAGCUUAGGAACAAACCGAAAUUAAAGGAAAAAAACGUAACAACUCAAUAAAUUUUUAUAGCCAAUAAAAAAUACGCAACUCCUUCUGCAAAUCGAAAGCGACAGCUGUAAACCAAUCCUUUCCACUACUGCUAUUGUGAACCAAACCCUUGGCUAACGAAUUUCUGUUCUCGGUGGCAGAAAGGCGAGGGCAAAAAGCGAACAAGAACACAACGUAUGAAAUUGGUAAUUUAUUGAACUGUGUAUUGCUCUACUGUGGUUUAUUUUAAUCUACCUUAUACACCUACCUAAACACAAUGAUAUGGUAUCGCAAUAAAGUGUAUCCAAUUAUCAUUU